UAACAACGAGGCUGGCGAGUUUCGGAGUCGCGAGUGCGCGAUAGUCGAUAGUCGCCGACAGUUGAAGCCGGUCGUGCGUCGUCGGUCGAGCGUUGUGAAUUUGGCGGACUUGCUCGUCAUCGUGCAUCACGUUGCGCAUCGCGUCAUCGCGCUCUUUAACAAACGCUUGUUUUAAAUCCCCCCAACAAAUAACACGACCGGCACGGACGCGAUAUUGUGCUUCGUUUAGUGCGCGAACCGUGUGUUCACGAGUGUCGCGAGUGUGUGAUUAAAUAAAAUGACCACGGCUGUAGGAGAGAUAAGCCCGCGUAGCUUUGACUGACAUAUCGCACGGCAACGGGGACGACUCCGGAGUCCAACGUCGAUCAUCUAGCGACUAUCGCGCCGCUUUGAAAAUAUCUCGGAGAUAUCUCGCUUUCCCGCGCAUAUUCCGGCGUACGUGGGAGGUCCAAGUUUUCGCCGAUAAUCCGACUUAGCAUUUGCCGCUUAACAAGCCGAGCGUAAUUAUCGAGGAUACGAAGAGGAUCGUUUCGUGAGCAGAUAUUCCGCGUCAUAAGGAGCGUUUCCGAUAGCUUCUCCGGUUUCUCUCUCAGAUUGGAAAGGAAGGACGUAACGUUCUGCGGAAAUGGACUCGUCGAAAGUGAUCGCGAGAUCGAAAUAAUUGAAACCAGCGGAUUCUUCGCGGACAUUGGGACUCUCUUUGGUUCAUUCAGGAAUCUUUCGGAGAAACUCUUGAAACGAGGCAACGCGAGCGGGUGGAAGAAUGCGGUGACGUUGAGAAGUCACUCGAUCCGAGUACAUACAUAUCGUAGCAGCACACACAUCAUAUACACGCGACAUUGUUAAAUAAAAUAUUGUGAAUCGUAUAUAUUUUACAUAAUAUAUACAUAUAUCCUGUUUGCGACGCUGAUGCGCAUUAAUGCAAGACGCUUGCAUGGACGUCUCGUGCAUCAUCAAAGGCCUGCGACAGGACAAGAGCCAAACGCCGACAUAUCGAAUGCCAAACGUAUCAUAUCAAUGAAGCUCGACAGACGUCUGCUGUCUCGCAAAUUGCAGACUUAAUUUUGCAUUCGACAAUUUGUUCACUCUGUGCGAUUUGUCACAUCAAAACUACAAAAACAACAACAACAACAACAACAAAAAUUGUUUUUAGCAAAACGAACGACGGCGCGAGAAGAGCAUUCGAUCGCGCGGACCAGCGGUCAGUCGUCUCGAUUGGAAUAAAGGAAAACGUAGGAGCGAGUCUCGCACGCCGCGUGGAAUUUCCGAUCGCUCGCUAGAGAAAGAGAGAAAAACGCUCAUCUUUCCCUUCUCCCCUUCCCCCCCCUCGCGGUGGAUACCGCUCUCUCGACUCUGGCGUUUAAUUAGCGUUCUCGAUCGCGUAGAAAGGAGGAACUGGUAGUCUGGGACCUUUCGACGUCGCGUUCGACGAGUCGAUCGGGUGAGAGGUCGAGAGAGGCACGGACGGGAGGAUGUUGCUGAGGUAACACGACAUUUCGAGGCCGCACGAGAGAAGCACGAUAAUCGCAGCGCGCGCGCUGAGUCGGGGUGUCGAUCGCAUAACGGACGCACAAAGGCGACGGGAGCGACGAGCGACGGCGGGACAGGAUGGGCUUUCCCAGAAGAAGGUCUCUGUGGCUGAAGGUGGCGGUGCUUGCGACCGCCGUGUGGGUGACCGUUUGUUUCUUGCUGUACACGGAGGAUCGGGCUGCGGCGGCCGCCGUUCAGGGUCUGGCGCCGUCGGGCGUCGCAGUGCCGCAGCAAGCGGCGAACGGCUUUGUGCCGCCCGCGGCGCCGUUAAGAAAAGAGACGCCGGGCAACGCGCUGAGCAACAGGGCGCGGAUCAACCAGGCCGGCCCGGAGCAAGAUCCCUUAGCUGGAGUUCUGGCUGUACCACGUGAACCGGACGCAGCGGCACCCGGCGAGAUGGGCAGACCCGUGAUACUGCCGACCAACAUGUCCGCGCAGACCAAGAAGCUGGUGGACGAUGGCUGGCUCAAUAACGCGUUUAAUCAGUAUGCCAGCGAUCUCAUCUCCGUGCACAGGUCCUUGCCCGAUCCACGUGAUCAGUGGUGUAAGGAACCCGGCAGAUACUUGAAGGAUCUUCCACCUACGGCGGUAAUUAUUUGCUUUCACAACGAAGCUUGGUCCGUGUUAUUACGCACAGUGCAUUCCGUGUUGGACAGAUCGCCCGAGCAUCUCAUAGAAGAAAUUAUACUCGUCGACGAUUUCUCUGAUAUGCCUCAUCUGAAGCGUCAGUUGGAAGACUACAUGAUGAAUUAUCCGAAAGUUAGGAUUAUCAGAGCAAAUAAACGAGAGGGCCUUAUCAGGGCGCGUCUGUUGGGCGCCGCGGCUGCCAAGGCGCCGGUGCUCACGUAUUUGGACAGCCAUUGCGAGUGCACGGAGGGCUGGCUGGAACCUCUUCUGGAUCGGAUCGCACGCGAUCCGACGACGGUAGUUUGUCCGGUGAUCGAUGUUAUAGACGACACCACCCUGGAAUACCACUGGCGCGACUCGGGCGGCGUAAAUGUCGGCGGAUUCGAUUGGAAUCUUCAGUUUAAUUGGCACGCGGUGCCGGAAAGGGAGAAAAAGAGGCACAAAAACCCAGCCGAACCGGUCUGGUCGCCAACCAUGGCCGGCGGUCUCUUCUCGAUAGAUCGGGCCUUCUUCGAGCGCAUCGGCACGUACGACAGCGGAUUCGACAUCUGGGGCGGCGAGAAUCUCGAGUUGUCAUUUAAAACCUGGAUGUGCGGAGGCACUCUGGAAAUCGUGCCGUGUUCACACGUGGGUCACAUCUUUAGGAAACGUUCGCCUUACAAGUGGCGCAGCGGCGUGAACGUGCUCAAGAGGAACAGCAUAAGGCUGAGCGAAGUGUGGCUGGACGAGUACGCCAAGUAUUACUAUCAGAGGAUAGGCCACGACAAGGGAAACUACGGUGACGUAUCGGAGCGAAAGGCUCUUAGGAAGAAACUGGGGUGCAAGUCGUUCAAGUGGUACCUGGACAACGUUUAUCCGGAACUCUUCAUUCCGGGAGAGGCGGUCGCCUCGGGAGAGGUGCGAAAUCUCGGCGAGGGCGGCAACACCUGUCUGGAUUCGCCCGCUCGCAAGGCCGACUUGCACAAACCGUGCGGACUGUAUCCUUGCCACCGACAGGGUGGAAAUCAGUACUGGAUGCUCAGCAAGACGGGUGAAAUCCGUCGGGACGAGUCGUGUCUGGACUACAGCGGCAGCGAUGUCAUCCUCUAUCCUUGCCACGGCAGUAAAGGGAAUCAACAAUGGAUCUACAAUUCUCAGACUAAUCACAUCAGGCACGGCAGCAGCGACAAGUGUCUCGCGAUCACGGAAAACAAGCAGCAACUGGUGAUGGAGGAGUGUUCGCCGAACGCGCCGCGUCAGAGAUGGUCCUUCGAGAAUUACGAUCCGUCGAAGCUGUGAUACCGCGCUCAUCAUCAUUCACCGCGUCGUCAUCGUCCGCACAAUCUCGAGCGCGCCGGAUUCUGGCUGUCCGGGAAACGCUAUUCGAUCGCCAAGACCCGUUUCGGCAGAUAAAUUCGGGAAUCGGCACCGAGAACAAUUUUCUGCGGAAAACACCCGCUCGAACGAUCGGGGGUGCGAAAUCUUCGAUUGUUGCCCGACAUUCCCCGUCGCGAAGCUCGUCGAAUUUUCAUCGACGAAAUGUGAGAAACGAAUUCGCGAGGACAAUAUGCUUUAUAGCAAGAAUUUUGUACUCAAGAAAUCGCAUUAAAUUAGAAUAUUUUUUUUUUGUGUUUUUUUGAACGCCACGUGACGCUCGAAACGAUUAAGUCUUGAGAGAGAGAGUGUUCUGCGUGUUUUAUGUUAUAGUCAAAUAAAUGUAGUAUUGAGCAAGAGAGAGAGAGAGAGAGAGAAAAAGGAAGAUCACAAACAGUCUCCACAUGGAUACAAGAUCGUGUACGAACGUGAUCGUAUCGACCCAUCGAAUAGCUCUCGAUCGUCACUUUCGUUCGCUGAUCGUCGGCGCUUCCAACAGAGGAUCAAGGGGAAGCGAAGAUGCUCGGUGCCAUCGGUGCAGGAACGAUGUAUCGCUGUCCUUGCGAGCGAAUCGUCGAUUGUCCGUUUAUAGAAUAGCGAAUCGUCUCUCUGUUAUGACAAGAACAAACACGUUUAAAACGUCGUGUGUUUAACUCCCCUCACAAAAAAAGCGAUAAAAAUGUCUCUUAAAGAAAUCAAGUGCCAAAUUUAAAUAUUCUCUUAGUAAACAAAAAACAAAUCUACUUCCAUUCUAAGCUCGUUUUAAACUAGAGACGAAGUGCGACUGAAAAAAAAAAAAAAAAAGAAAAAAAAGCGAACUCUGCUGUUUAAGGAAAACUCGUAGUUGCGUGUAGCGAAUGAUUUAAAGGUGAGAUCGUAUUAGAUAACGAUAUCCGCGCACUUGUACCAACCCUUCUGUUAAGCCCCCUUACAAACUGCCACGUACGAGUUCGGGAGAGAAAGAAACGCGAGAGGAUUAUUACAACCUCUCCCCUCAAACGUCAGUUGCGUCAGAAUAGUCGCCGGUCAGUGCGUUGUUCUCACGCAACGACUUUCGCAAAAUAGCAUGUAUUUCGUAAUCGUUUGGGAGAUGGUUCGUGUCCUGAAAUUGUCUCGGAUCACGUUUUUUUUUUUUCUAAGGAGUUUUUUGAAAGUGUAGCAAUUUUAAUGUCAAGUAAAGAGACGUGUCCGUUUUUUCUUAGCGUCGAUUUCUCUCUAAAAUAAAAAAAAAAAAAAACUGUAUACGACAAUUCUCAUUAAUCACGAGGAGUCAUUGUCGCGUGUAUUGCCAGUCGACGAUUCGCGAUGGCACUCUUUGAUCGUCUAACAGUCUCUUUCUUGUCACUUCUUUUCGAGAGGUCAAAUUGUCUUGCAUUCCACAUCUCGCGCGUCGCGCAAUUGCGAAACCGAAACGUUUCAGAUAAGAAAAAGUAUUUUUUUUUUUUUUUUUAGUUCGUUUAGUAUAUAUAUACUAUUAUAAUUUAAGUAUAUUUAUAGGUAAUUAAAGACGACGCGCGGCAAAAGAGAGUUGCGUGGUGUGAAACAUUCCGAAGGCGCAGGCGAAUUGUUUGCGAUUCUCUGCUGUUUGUACAUUCGUGUAAGAUAUAACAACGUCUUGAUGCCAGUUCAGGAUAUAAGUACCGCCUAAGAGAGAAAGAGAGAGAGAGAGAGAGUAGAUUUAAGAGUGUGGCUAGAGAGUGUGCGAACGUGUGCGUGAGUUACCCUCUUACAGAGAUUGUCUUCGCUUUUGACACAGUGCGCGUGCAAACACAAAAACUCGACCGUCGAUCGUCGAACCGGUGAUUGAAUCGGACGCGGAAAUCCGAAAUGUCACACGAAACGAGUAACCUUGUAAGAGAGCAGUAGACUUUUGUAGGGGACGGGAAUCCGAUUUGCUCCGAUUUUCAACGACAUAUCACUGUACGAAAUGCGAUGAUUGUCAGUCGUGCGCGCGCGACGCAAAGGAGUGUAAUAUAAGUCUUCACGUGUAAAAACAAAAACCAAAAAAAAAAAAUAUAUAAAUUUAAAAAAAUCCGAAGUCAUUAACGAGUCUUCGUCUGUUAGUUACAUGUUUAAAAAUUUACAACAUGUUUUCCUGAAGAAAGUCUAAUUUGAAAAUUACGAGCGCGUGGUUUUAACGCCGUUUUAACAUAUUCGCGCAACCUUUCGGCAACCGUGUUUGAAUUGUUCGAGGUGCGAUCCGUGAAAAAAAAAAAAAAAAAAGAAUUUUUGCGUGCCAACGAAAGAUCGUUAAACAGAGCUGCGCAUGGAACGGAAAGAACAUUGUCGACUAUUGUUACUUUUCUAUAAAAAAAAAAAACAAAAACAAAUUGUCUAUAUUAUAGUUGAUUCUUGUGCGAAUCGUGUCGUAUGUAAAUGCUAAAACAAAUUUUAUACACAUCUUUCUAUACAUAUCUUUCUCUCUUCUCCGUCAACUUUUCCUAAGAAAUCUUUAAUAUUUCUCUCGAACAAAAAACGUUACAUAGCGAACAUUCGAACUAUUACGUGCGUAUCUUUUUCUUGCUCUGAAAAGCUACAAAAAUACGUAUAUGUCGAAACGCGCAUAUCCUGUCUUGUUGGAAAAGAAUCGAAUGUACAAGGUGUUUGAAGAAGACACGUAAUGUGAAGACUUGAGGAAUUGCAAUUUUUACGGACGGAACAAACCACGCGUCGGAUUUUUGCGAAUUUUCGCGUGUGAGAUUUCAUCGCGAAUGUGUGUAUGUGCAUGUGUGUGCGUAUGUGUGUAUGUGUAAAAUGAGUUUAACGUAUGAGUACGUUUAAUCGCGUAAAGAGAUUUUUCGCAGAGAAAACGAAAGAGAGAGAGAGAGAGAGAGAGAAAUAGAAAGAAGCGGCAAGUUAAAUCGCCAGCUACGUGUACGAAUGUGUGUGCUUAAUUAGAUACGACGAAUUAGCAGUUCCCCUCGUUUUAGAAAUUAAUCGAGUUUCUCGAAGCUCGCAAUUUUGCCAAUGCGAGACACACGAGACACGUUUGAACAGAUUGCGUGAGGAGAUGAAAUGUGAUUGCCAGACGCAGAUUGAUCUCGCGCGAGAGAAUCCGCUUCGCAAUUUCGGUCGACGAGAGUGUGCAGAACGAUGAAUUGUUUAUACAGAUUAUAUUAUACAUUUUUUCUACAUAUGUGGUAACGACGUUGCGUAUCGUACGGGAGAGAAAGAAAGAGAGAGAGAGAGAGAGAGAGAGAGAGAGAGAGAGAGAGCGAGAGAGAAAGACGAUAGUAAAUAAUAAACGUAAAUAACGCGAGAGAGCGUUAUAAAAAUAAUGCGAGUAUCUUGCGCACGCACGGCGCUCGUCGCGCGUUUUAAUUAAUAUCGAACGUGCCUUAUUUCGUGUAUAUAUAUACAUAUAUAUAUAUGAAUAUGAUUAUCAUUAUUAUCAUUACUACGAACCUCUAUCAUAACGUGCAAGUAUUUGUGUUGAAUAAAAAAUCGAUGUUGUUUUAUGUUA